UGAAGAGUCGAAUAUACCUGUACAAUAAAUAUGUAUUUUACGUGUACGAUCCAGGAAGUGUCUUUUAGUUGACAGAAUAGUAGACCUUGAAAGCAGGUUACUGAUUCUAUCGUCAUGAAAGGACACGCCGUCAGCAUGAUUUUCCCGCUAAUUCUUCUGCUGGGGAUGUUCACAGGAGCAAGCACCGCAAACGGUUGUCCGACAAAACACUUCGGGGAUAACUGCGAAUAUCAGUGUCACUGUAAUGGGGAUGAAGAUUGUAGUCAAGACGGGUCUUGCCAAAAUGGAUGUGCCAGUGGAUGGGAUGGGGAGUAUUGUCAGCGCGGUAAUGUUGCUGCAGGAAAGUCUUCAGACGCAUCACAGGGAACGACCAAUGGCACGCAUUACGCCUCUUUGGCUCUGGAUGGUUAUACGAAUCAGGCGUUUUCAAGAUGCAGUCAUACAAACCAACGCGAACAUUGGUGGCAGGUGGAUCUAGGGAGGAACUAUGUCCUAUUUACAGUGACAAUAUGGACAAUGGCUGAAAGUGAGUGCAAGAAUACUACGAUAGGUGCAGAAUACAAGGGAACACAGAACACGACGUUGAUGGGUUUCACCUGUGCGGAUUGGCUUGUAUACAAUGGCUACUAUAGGCCGGCUGACUCCUACAAUUACUGUCGGAACCCAGACAAAUACAUUCGUGGACCUUGGUGCUAUAUUACAGCCACACACACAUCUCGCUAUGAUUUCUGCUUUAUUCCAUCCUGUGAAGACAAACUGACGAAUUUUAAGAUCUUGAUAGAUGAAAAUCUCUGCCAUCAUGAAACUGGAACAGUACAGUUUAGUCGAGCACAAGAAAUUAAAUGUGACACGACGGGUCCUGUUGUUGGAAAACGCCUGAAGAUCCAACGAAUGGAACCAUCGUCUUCUCUAACAUUGUGCGAAGUGAGCGUACAGGCUUUCCAAUUUAGAGAAUGCCACAACAAGCGCUAUGGCCCCAACUGCAACAACCAAUGCCAAUGUGCCAAUGAUGAAAAGUGCGAUGACAAGACAGGACAGUGUCCAUCUGAGUGUAACGAUCGCUUCACAGGCCCUUACUGUAACAUAGGGGUACCAGCAGUUACAAAGGAUGGUCUCUCCACCCCGUCUUCCGUCAGUGUCCGGUGGCAGUACACCCUUCACGACAGUGCCUUUGAUGCCGGCAAAUUUGAUCGGUUUGUUCUGAGAUACAUGGAACACUCGUCAACUUCUUCAACUGUCCACGCCGAACAAUUCCCGAGCCAGGAAAAUGUGAAGCAUAACGUGACCGGUCUCAAGCCAUCGACAGAAUACAGCUUCCAUGUGCAGCUCAUAUAUAAAAUCUCCACGAAAAGUGAGGAAGUAAAUGGGUCAGUUGAACACUUUCGAACUGAAUCAUGUGCAGGCUACAUGGGUUCACCGAUGAUAACGCAAUCGGACUCAGUUGUGGGAGGAGGUGCCUGGCCAAACAGAGUAUCCCUUACAAUACACGCACAGAAACCAGAGAUGUUAGCUGACUGCUUUAAGGAUUUCCACGUGUACGCCAGGAAAACCACCGAAUCAAGCUACAUGAAAUUAACAGAGGCAGACCAAACUUACACUCUCCACAACCUUACAGCAUUCACAGAAUAUGACAUCAAGGCGGCUGUGACAAGUCCCGAUGGACAAGAGAAACAUAAGCUUCAGAAGAUAACAACAGCAGAAGAUGUUCCGUCAGUGCCGACCAUUGUGAAAAUUGGGGGAAGUCUCACUUCCGUGUCCAUCAAAAUCACCCAGCCAGACCAACCAUAUGGAGUUAUCCAGAAAUAUGACCUUGCAAUGUGGGAGAGGGGCAGUCUGAACCAUACGGUCUCCAGCCAAGGACCAACCAAUCUUACCCUCACCUUCAACAAUCUGAAGCUAAACACAACGUACAAUUUCAAGGCGCGAGCAUUCACAUCAUAUGGCGGUGGAGAGUGGACUGAGGUCAUGAGUGUCCUCACCAAAGAGAACAGUACAUCUGAGACUAAUGUUGGCCUGUUAGCUGGACUGGUUAUUGUAAUGAUAAUUGUUCUUGCGGCCAUCAUUAUUCCCGUGGUCAUUAUUGUAAGGAAAAAGCGUAGAAGUAAAGAACAAGCAGCCGAAUCACUCGAAAUCCAGCAGCAUGAAAUAACAAGUCUUAGCAUUAUACAGGAAUUCGAGUGUGGAGUUCUUCAAACAGAAAAUGUGUCAACUUUGCCAGUUGUCCCCGUCGAUACUGGAAAGGGGUAUUCAAAUCUGCAAGGUCGAACCGUAACGAUUUCUGAUCUGGCUCCUUAUGUCAAGAGUAUCAGGGGCAAUAGAGCAUUGGAAUUUAAGGAUGAGUUUGGAGAAUUGCCAGUGGAUGUUGUAAGGUCAACCAAAGAAGCGAAGAAACCAGGAAACAACGUGCUUAACCGCUACAAGAACAUAAUAACUUAUGAUCACAGUCGUGUUAUCCUUCAGCCCAUUGGAGAAGAGCAAUCGGACUACAUCAAUGCAAGUUACAUCCAUGGUUAUGAUAAGGAGAAAGCUUACAUUGCUUCUCAGGGUCCGCUUCCUAAGUCCAUUACGGCUACAUGGAGAAUGAUAUGGCAAGAACGCUGUGACACCAUCGUCAUGCUCACCAAGACAAUAGAAAAGGAAAAGAAAAAGUGCGAGCAAUACUGGCCGAGCCAGGGAAAAAACACGUAUGGGCCAUUUACCAUACAGCUGGUGGAAGAGUACAAGUUUACCGACUACGUGAAUCGGAUCCUGAAGGUCACAUUGAAUGGGGAGGUGCGCAUUGUCAAGUACUUCCACUUCACCGCCUGGCCCGAUCACGAUGUACCCAAGUUGGCUUGCUCUUUGCUAAACUUCAGAGCGAAUGUUCUGAAGGAGACUGAGUAUGGGAAGGUACCCAUAUUGGUACAUUGCAGUGCUGGAGUAGGCAGGACUGGGGCCUUCAUCGCUAUCGACUAUCUGAUCCGACAAGGAAAGGCUGAGAAAAAGGUCAACUUCUACGAGUGUGUACUCAGAAUGAGGGAACAGAGACCGAACAUGGUACAGAACCUGGGGCAGUACACACAUAUACAUGACGCAAUUUUAGAGUAUUUCAAGAUAGGAAUAACGUCCAUCAAGAGUGACAACUUUCCUCAGAAGUACAGUGACAUGAUCAAAGCAACACCUGGGAAAGACACUUGUCAAUUACAGAACCAAUACUCGAUUCUGGGUGCAUUCACUGAUGCCAUCAGCCCUUCAGAACAGGCCCUGGCGAACAUGAGCAAAAACAGAAAACAGGACAUUGUUCCAGAUGGCGCAUCUCGUGUUGUCUUGUCUACACCAAUAGAUGGAUGGAAUGAUUAUGUUAAUGCAGUUUAUGCCACGGGCUACGGUGAGAAGGACAACUACAUCAUAACCCAGAUGCCCCUCCCUGAGACAAUGAAGGACAUCUGGAGGAUCGUGCAUGACACGGGAAUCUCCACUAUUGUUAUGAUGAACAUGGUCGAUGAUACUUAUGAGUUUUCCACAGUUUAUUGGCCACAAGAGACUGAGCAGAUGGAGUAUCACCCACUGGUAGUAGAUUGCCUGGACGUAGACACAUCCAACACAGAUAUCACUGUCAGAAACAUGAGGAUAUCAAAGAAUGCGGGCAAAGCCGGGGUAGGAAAAGAUGAUAUGUCCGGUCGAGUGGUCCGGCACUUUCAGUUACAAAACUGGCCCGAUGGUCAGGCGACGCCAGCGUCCGUGGAGGCGAUCGUGGAUCUGCUAGAAAAGGUGGAAAAGUGGCAACAAAAGGUCGAGAACAAGAAGAUACUUGUACAAUGCCUGGACGGUGCUUCCCAAAGUGGUGUCUUCUGUGCGGCGCAUUCUGUCAUUGAGAAGGUCAAGGUCGACCAGGAGGUGGAUGUUUUCCAGUAUCUCCGUCUGCUGAGGUCAAACAGACAACAACUCGUCAACACUUAUGAGCAAUACAAGUAUGUCCAUGAAGUCGUUCUGAGAUAUCUACAAAAUUUCGACCUCUAUGCUAACUUCCAGUAAACAGUGCAAUGUACUUCCAGGGAGUUACUUUAUUUGAGCAACGAAUCGUUUGUCGAAAUCUAUUAUACAAAUACCAGCAGCAGUGGAUCGAUCAUUUAAAGGGAAUGUUGUUUCCAGGCAAAUUGUGGCUGGAAAUGGUUCGUGACUCCACCACCACGGGUGUCAAAAUCAUUCUAUACAGUAUAUGUAAACUCUCAAGAGAUACAUGAGGCCUGCAUAUUUUCAUUACGAUGGCAAAAUAUAUACCAGGUUACAUGUAGGUGCUGGUGCCUCAUAUCGGCGUCGGUCAAACUAUCCCAGUACAGCCUGAUAUCACGACUUUAGAGUAAUUUAACUACGUUUUACCAUGACUUACCAAAAAGGCACUAGCUAUCUCAGAAUUUUAUGAAUAAGGUGUAAAUCAUCAGCUAAGUAUGUUUGAUGUUUAGUGAUUCAGUAUUACUCUAGAUUAACAGCUGAAUCAUGACCUGGACUAUGUUUUACCUGAUGUUCAAAUAACUUUCUGUCAACCUGUUCUCUUCUAGCAGGCAUUUGGAUUGGUCAUUUAACACUCACACAUAGCCUUGCUGAAAUUUGGCCUCCCUCAAAAGCAACAACUUGCUAUCACAGGCUAGCUCUGUUUAAGAUGCAUGGUUAAGUGUAUCAAUACAUGUCAACUUUAAGGAUGGCUCAAUGAGGUGAUGGACAUUUGAUGUUAUGGCCAAGAUGUCCCACCAAAUCAGGCCAUACUCAGCAGGGCUUUGUGGGAGUGAUUCAAAGGCCGUGGCUAGAUGCAAAUUUGUGCCAUGUUUUAUAAACACCUUGUAUAGGAAUUCUAUAUUUUACAUUGUAGAUACGUACGUAUAUAUCUACAUUUAUUUUUAAUUAUUCAAGACGGUGCUAGUUGAAAUAAAAAUGUGAGUGUAUAUCGGGUUAUUCCAAAAAAAUGCCUGUGGACUGACAAAAAGUGUCAAAAAUUUGUUCACGUCUGUGAUGAUGUGCCCAGAAUGAUGUCCAUAGAUUUCUGUAAAAUAUCCUUUUGCAAUUGAAUGGAACUAUUUUUAGCACGAAACACCGUUAUUUGAAAUGUAUAUUUGGGAAUUAUGACAUCAUUAGAGUGAUCAACAAUAUCGGGUCAUUAUAACGCCUAUACCAUCAGUAACGUCUCUGACCACAAUUACCAUAUGGAUAACUAUUGGUCAAGUUCAGGAAAGCGUUUUCUACGGGUCGAAAAGAGUCGUAGCGAACAGUUCAUAAAAAAUUUAGGGUCUAUUUAUACAUUUUGGUUGUUUACAUUUGUAAGUUAUGGUGUUCUCGGUAAAUUCAAUUCAAAUGGAUGGGAUAUUGAUCUGACACAUGUGUUUAGAAAGACAGAUUAAUAGAAUCGGGCAUGGGCCGAGACAAGAAUGGAGUGAUUACAAUGCAAUUCUCAAUCUGUGUUAAAAAACUAAAAAUCUUGAGCUAAAACAGGCGACUGUAGAUAUGCAAUGCACAAGCAUUCCGACGGCCUAUGUUCACCAUAUUGGACCAAUUUAGAUUCAGUUGAAAUCUCGGUGAAAACAGAAAAAGUACCCUUAGUAGACAGCAAUUACAAUGGUCAUGUAUCCUACGUAUACUGUGAAUGGAUCGGAUUGUUGUCAAUUUGCAAUUGAUAUCAAGUCCAUAGAAAUUUCUGGAGAGCAAUUCUCUGCGAAAAGUGUUAUAAGA